AUGAAGCGCAGCUAUCCUUAUGCCACCGGCGUGAACGCGCAGGCUCAAGGAAACCAGGUUCCAGCUUACGGUCAGCCUCCACCACCUGCAGGGCCCGCACCCCCGCUUCCCUCGUCGGGACCUUCCCCACCAGCCGCAUACUCGAAUUAUGGGUAUGGCUCCGUGGCGCCGGUUCGGCCUCCGCCUUCCAACAUGAAUGGACCAGGCGCCGCUAGUGCUCACCAGCCCCAGUGGAAUCAGCAGUGGAAUCAGCAGUGGAGCCAGCAGCAGUGCUAUCCCCAACAGUCCGGCGCCGCUGGUCCUUCUGCCGCCGGCCACUAUGGCUCUCCUCGACCACCGUCGCAGGCGCAGCAACCCCAACACCCACAGUCUCACCAGCCCACACAGCCGGCUCCGUAUCGCUCCAUGGCAGGUCCCGCUGCAGCCUCCCCUCCAGCCGUCCAGGCGGCUGGCUACAGCCCCCACCAGCCGCAGCAGCCCAUGCAUUAUCCGUACCAGUCCCAGCCUUCUGCCAUGCAGCCCCCCUCUUCGCAGCAUCAGCACAAUGCUGCAGCUCAGAGCCACGCUUACAGCCCUUCCGUACCCCCACAGCCCAAUGCUGGUCCCAACGAUGCAUCUGCAUCGUCGUGGCCGGGGGCUUACGCUCCAGGUGUCCAGCCAGGUCCGCCUAACAAAAAGCCCCGCUACCCGGCUCCUUCUGCAUCCGGGCCAGCUCCAGUGCCUCCAUAUGCACCCGCGGCUGGUGCCAUGGGGGGUUACGCUGCCCCUCCUCUGGCUGAUCCGGCGUCACAACAGCCAUACGGCUGGCAGGCCCAGAACGCCAUGCAUCCUCCAAACUCCCAUCCGCCUUUUCAAGGUCAGCAAGGCCCCUUUGGACCCGCUGCCUAUGGCAGCGGAGUCCAGGCUAAUGCUGUUGGUCGAGUCGGCCUCCCAUCGAACCCUGCUAGAGGAGAUAGGGGCUCAAGGGGAGCUGGAGGCAAGGGUGCUUCAGGAAAAGGAUCUGUCGGAGGUGCGAACCGUAGUGGCCAGAACAGGAACGGAAAUCAGCAGCGUGGCAACCUGCCAUUAGGCACACCUGCUCAACGAGCCGGACUGCCAGCCAACCCCAUCGCCUCGGCCGGUGGAGCACGCAGUCAGAAUGGUCCGACUCCGGCGUGGGGUCCGAACGCUCCUCCAGGAAACAUCAGGGGCCCCGCCGGCUCAAGCCCCGCUGCCAACACAGGCAGCGGGGCUCACAACGGGCGCCGUCUUUCCUCUGCCAGCUCCGUACACAGUGACAAGAACACUCGGCGCACAGACGCGUCGGGCGCUUCCGGUACCGGUUCCGUGAGAAAGCCGGGAUUCAGCUCGGAAAACAUGAUCCCCAUCAAGGCCGCACGAGGCCCGAACGGCGCUAGGAACAAUCCAGCACAGCCUGGCUCCGACGCUUCCGGCUCAAGGGCUGGCAGCGCAGCUCCUCGUCAGCGUGCCCAAAGCUCCAACGCCUUGGACGAUGCCGAGGCCGCCGCUGGUGCUUCCACCAAGGACGGCGCAGCUGGAAGCAGCGCCAGCCACAAGAGAGCGCAUACCGACUUUCGCAUCCUUGGGCUCGAGAUCAAGGAGCUCGACUGGUCUUGGUCCAGCCCUCUGGCCGUGCCAAAGGAUGCUUCUGCUGAGGUUCCCCACUCGUCGGAGGCCGCGGCGGCCGACGUCUCCCUACGCAGCGAGCCAAACUCACAGACCGACGCUGCCGACGCCUUGGGCGCUGUCGUUCAAGAGGCGACCGCUGCAGCUGCCAAUUCGUCUGCUGAGGAGCAUCUUGGCGAGGACCAGCAGCCUGCUGACGCGGACAAUGGUGAUAACGCCGGCCUUGAUGACAAAGCUGAUGCGACCAUGGACGCCGACGCCGACGCUGAGGCUGAUGCUGAUGCCGACACCGAUGCUGAUGCUGAUGCCGACGCAGACGCAGACGCCGACGUCGAUGCUKAUGCUGAUGCUGAUGACGACGCUGACGCCGACGCCGAUGCAGAUGCAGAAGCAGUUGCGGAUGCCGAUCUGGACGCGGACGCAGAUGCGGACGGUGAUGCUGAGGUAGAUGCCGAGGCUGAUGCUGAGGCUGAGGCUAAUGCAGGUGCUGAGCCCAUCGCGGACUCUGCCGAUCUGGAAGCCCCGAAAGCAGAGCCGAGCGAGGAACCACCCACAAAGCUAGCAGGUGAGGUAUCGCAGCCCAGUCCAGCAGCGGCCACAUCUGGCCGAAAUCGAGCUGUGGCUGCGCUGCGAGAGUCUACCAAGCUCCGCCUUUGCUUUGCUGCCAUGCCGGCUGCAUCUCACGAGAGCGUUUCGAAGGACAAACCUUUGCAGAGCCAGCAGACAGCCGCGCCUGCAGCGAACGGUCUCGAUGAACCGACGGGAUCCGAACAAGUCCAAGAGAAGGUCGCGGUGAAUGAGCAAGACUCGACUGGCGACGCGCAGGCGGCCGCACCUACGGCGCUUGCAGAUGGCGAGAAUAUGCCAGCCCCGGGCGAGAACGAUGUAAAGGAGGUGAAGGACGAGCCGAUGGAACAGACUUCUUCGGUGGCUGUCGAUGCACCGGCCGACGCGAUAACCGCAGAGCAGCCUGCAGCUUCCGAAGCAGCAGCCGCUGUCAAGACAGAAGAGGAGGAGCCAACGAAGGACGCAAGAGACAACGAGGCUACGGAAGAAUCUGUACCUGCCAACGAUGCGGCAGAAGCGGUCUCGACGGACGGCACUCCCAGAAAGACGCGUCAGGCUGCCGAUGCGGCCCCCCAGUCCAAAGGCCCGCCGCAACUCUCGCUGAACCGCAUCUUCCUCUCGUUCGCAGCCAACAGAAAGCGGCUGGCGAUUGACGCCGAGGCGGUGCGGUCGGUCAAGAUCCACCGGUCGGAGCACUGGAUCGAGAUCCGGCUCCUUGCCGCGCGCGCAGCCAGCCAAGCGGCGCGCAAGAAAGGCGACGAGUAUCUGGUGAGCCGCGGCACGCUGCUCGAGAAACGCGACAAGGGGCAGGACAACUACACUGCGCUGACGCGGGGCGAGAUUGCGGCGGCGUGGGAGAGCGCUGGGCCAAGCGCUGAGGCGAGCAGCGGCGCAGACGACGGAGGGCACCUAGAGCUUCCGCCUUUCUUCCGGCUCGGCGACGAGGCGGAUGCGGGCGCGGAGCUGACGCUGCUCGUGCAUCUUGAUCCGUCGGCGCCGCUGCCAGAGCCGGCGUGGCUGCGCAAGAACGAGGUGGAUGAUCUGCUGGCGAACCUGCAGCAGCGUUCGGGCGGCGUGGAAGCCGCGCAGCACGUGUGGUUUGGCAAGGUGGAGGUGGUGGAUCCGGAUCCGCCGCCGUCGAUGACGACGGUGCUGUACGAGUGGGUCAAAGAGUCGUUGAUCGGAAGCCAGAAAGAGCGACGCAAGUUUGUCGACGAUCUGCUGCGCAAUCGCCCACGCCCCGCGCUGGUGGAGGUCAAGAAGGAGGAAGUCGAGCCCGCUGUAGGAGUCAAGACGGAGCAGGGUGCGACCGAGGUGGAGAUGGAUAGCGAGCGGGAUGCGCGCGUGGCACGCGCGUAUGUCGAGAUGGUUCUGCGGCUGCUCAAGGGCGAGCGUGCUGGUGUCAGCGCGGGCUCGGGCGAGGGUCUUGCGGACGUGCUGGGACAGGCUACGCUGACGAGCAGCACGACGUGGCCGGGGCUGGUGAUGCUGGCGCUGCUGCAGCUGCCGCUCGACGCGGGCGUGGCGCCGGCACACGUGCGUGCCGCGAUCGAUGCGCGUCUCAUGCAGAUCCCGCACGCCACCCUCAUCCGAGCCAUCGAUCUGACUUGGAAGGACACCGUCGAGGCCGAGAGGAAGACCGCCCCGCAACCGGCCGGUAGCCAGCAACAGCAGCAGCAGCAGCAGCAGCAGCAGCAGCAGCAGCAGCAUGGAAGACAUCGACACCAUGCGCACGGUCGGAACCGGUCGGGCCAUGGCGCGCACAAACGCAAGCGCAACUAG